AUGCCACCGACGAGUGCUCCAUUGAAGUUUUUCAUGGAAGACAUUGAGAAAACCCAAUCACUUUCGGGUAAAUGUGUUAAAAUCGAAGCAUAUAUUGCAACUAUCAAGGAGGAUAGGAACAAGGUCAAGGAUCUCAACGUUCCUAUCUGCAAACAAAUUUUGGAUGAUGCUAUCAAGACUCUUGAGGUGGAACGUGAUAAAUUUUUAGCAGAAAUAAAGGAUAUACUGAAUCGAACAGGGAUCAUCGAUGUGAACGCAUCGCAGGAAGAGAUGAUAAGUGUCUUUCAGAAUCUAAGUCCCACCCUAACUAACAAUGUUGUGCAACCAGCACCUGCGAAUGCGAAUCCAACAGCAACUAACACUGGCAAACGAUACAAGGAUUAA